AUGCUCAGUCUCCUCAUUCUUUCUUCACAGCAUCUGAUUAGUAGUCAACUUUCUGAAACUUUUAUCACCAAUUCCUCCAUUUCCUGGAUCAAUAACCGCGCCCGCUCCUAUGUAGUGGAUUCUACAGAUGGAGCCACACUGACACCCAUCCUAUCUAGAGAAUGGAACGAGACUCUGUUUGUCUUUGGUUUCUUAUGUGAUUACAAUGGCACUGCUUGCGUUUUUGGCGUCCUUAUAUCCCCAAAUAUCUACUAUUCUUAUCUAUCUUACCCGAGAUUAGUAUGGUCAGCAAAUCGGAAUAAUCCGGUUAGAGCUAAUGCAACCUUGCAACUUAGGCAAGAUGGAGGCUUGCUCUUGAUAGACUCAGAUGGCACUAUGAUUUGGAGUACAAGCACAAGUGGAAAGGUUGUUGCGGGAUUCAACUUGACAGUACUGGGAAAUCUUGUCCUCUUUGACAAAAGUAACCACACCAUUUGGCAGUCUUUUGAUCAUCCAACAGACACUUUGGUUCCUGGACAAAUGAUAAAUGGGGGACAAAAGCUGAGAUCCAGUGUAUCAGCAACAAAUCGGAGUGAAGGUUUGUUCACACUUGAAGUUCAACGAUAUGGCUUUUUAGCAUACAUUGAGUCAAUCCACGUCAACUCUAUGUCUCAAGUUUUGACGGGGAUAGAGCUUUCCAGUUUCCUGGAAUAA